AUGCCCCCGUUCGGCUCACGACUUUCAUCUCCGUUCGCACUCGAUUUCACGAGCUAUUUUCCCAUUCAAUUUUCAGGCUUCAUGCCUGCCCAGGAGGGGGUUGGUUCCGCCGCCGCCGUAGAGAGGAAGGAGGUGGAGCAUUCCUCCCUCGCCGCCACUUUUGCGAGGCCGCCGGCAAAACAUCUUUCCCAUUCCUUCUCCUCUUCACAGCACCUCCUCCAGCCCUCUCGCCGGUCGUCGCCGCCAAAAGACCGGACCGCCGCCUCUACUUCUCCUCCUCUCGCCACAGCCACCACGAGCAGAGAGGAGGAAGCUCUCCUUUUCCUCGCGCAGCCAAAGGGGUCGACCCGCAGCUCACAGCGCCUGCCGCCGCACCUUCCAGCACCCACCGCAGUCCACAGCAACUGCCGCCGCUCCCUCCGGCGCUCACUGCAGUCCACACCGACUGCCGCCGCUCCCUUCGGCGCUUGCCGUAGCUCACAACGCCUGCCGCCGCACCUUCCAGCACCCACCGCAGCUCACAGCGCCUUCCGCCGCUCCCUCCGGCGCUCACUGCAGUCCACAGCGACUGCCGCCGCUCCCUCCGGCGCUUGCCGCAGCUCACAGCGCCUGCCGCCGCACCUUCCAGCACCCACCGCAGCUCACAGCGCCUGCCGCCGCUCCUUCCCGCACCCACCGCAGCCUAUAGUGGCUGCGAGUGCCGCUGCCGACGCCUCUAGACAGCCUCCUCCGGCGCCCUUCAGGCAGCUGUCGUUCUAG